AUGGACCGUAAAGCUGCAGGAUCCUCGAGCAGCAAAGGCUCCAAGCGUUCGGGGAAGGCCGGCAACAAAACCAAGGAGUCCAAGUCGUCGUCGAGCCGAGAGGCCAAGAAGCAGCAAGAAUCGCAUCUGGCUGCCGUUGGAUCGCAGUUCUGGCAGUCCGGCAGCAAGCAAGAGACGUCGGGCUCUGACGACUACCCGAGCCAGUUGAAGCUCGACUGA